AUGAAUCCAUUUAGCAAUCCCCACAUGUUUGAAUAGAUGAAGAAAAACAUGACUCCUGAAAUGAUGCAAAACGCCAGUUAAUAAAUGAACAACAUGAGCGAUGAUGAUUUGAGGAGACUUGGUUAACAAUCAGGUAUGAACAUUAGUCCUGAAAUGAUGAGAAUGGCAUCUAGUAUGUUUAGCGGUAUGGACGAGAGCCAGAAGAAAAAUAUGAUGAAUAUGGCAUAGAAUAUGGAUUAAAACUAGUUUUCCUAGGCCUAAUAGCAAUUUAAAAAAUAGCAGCCAACAACAGCUUAGCCUAGCUCUUCUUCUAGACCUGAACCAAAAAAAAAUUAAAGCACUCCUAGCCCUCCUGUUGACAAUUCCCUUUAUCCUUAGAUAAAUUAAUUAAAAAACAAGGGAAAUGAGAAAUUCAAAUAGCAGAAUUAUGAUGAAGCAGCAUAGUUUUACUUAGAGGCUAUUAUCAGUAUAGAUGAAGAAAGGAUGAAAAAGCUUAAUACUAUGCAAGAAAUGGAGCUAAAAGAAAUUGAAAUUAACUGUAGAAAUAACUAUUGCAGUGUAAAAGCCAAGCAAAACGAUUAUCUUAACAUGCUUACUCAAGCCCAAGCUGUUUUAAAGCUUGAUCCUAAUAAUAUUAAGGCUAAAUUCAGACUCGGAUAAAGCUAUUACGGAUUAAAAAAAUAUGAAAGAGCUUUGGAAUUAUUAACAGAAGCCAAAAAUCAAUCUCCAUCUGACUCUGUUAUUCUUGAUAUCUAUACAAAGUGCAAGUCAGAAGUAGAUAAAAUCAAAAAAGAAGCUGAAGACAAAUUGUAACAAGAAAAUAAGAGCAAACAAGAAGAUGCCCCAAAGCAAAAUAACGAAAGUGAGUUGAAAAACAAAUAAGAAAAAUAAUAAAAGAAGGAAACCAAAGUAUAGAAUGUAGUAAAAGAAGAAGAAAUAGAAGAGAAAAAAACAAACAAUAAAGAAGAAGUCAUCAUAGAAGAAGUCAAAGAGGACAAAAAAGUUGAAUAAUCACCCAACCCAUCUUCAACCUACUUCAAUCCCAAAAAUAUUGAUGUAGAAACUAUUAAAAAGCAAUAAGAAAUGAUGAAAAAUAUGGAUGAUAGUUAACUUGACUCAAUGGCCAAGAUGAUUUAAAAUAUGGAUAACGAAACAAUAAGACAAAUGUAUAAAGCUUAAGGCAUGGACUUAUCUGAUGAAUAAAUAAAAAUGAUUAAGUCUUCCACUAAUAAGGAAGCAUUAAAAAUGGCUACUUAAGCUUAACCAGAAGAGUUGCAAAAGAAGAAUCAAGAAGCUAUUAGACAUGCUUAAGCAAAUCAAUAAUUUAAUUUAUCCUAGCAUGCAAAUCCAGAAACAAUUAAAAAGAGCUAAGAACAACUAAAAAAUAUGGAUGAAAGCCAAAUUAAUAGCAUGGCAAAUAUGGUUAAGAAUAUGGACAAUGCUGCUUUAAAAUCAAUGUAUAAAAUGCAAGGUAUGGAUUUAACCGAUGAAUAAAUUAAUAUGAUGAAAAAUAUGAUGACUCCUGAUAUGAUCAAAGCAGCCUCAAGUAUGGACCCAAGUUAAAUUCUCAAACAAGGAUAAGGUCCAGCUACAUUCCCAACUUAGCCAACCUAAUCCACAUCCUCAAAUGUAUCAAGUACUGGUUCAACAGAACCUCAACCUUAAGUCUCAGCUAAUGCAUAAUAAAUGCCUGAUAUGAGUAAUAUGGGAUCUAUUUUAGAAAACUCUUAAAUGCUCGAUACAGCUUUAAACAUGCUGAUUUCUAACCCUGAAAUGUUGAAAAUGAUGACAGCCUAAAUGCCCAAUCAUCCUUUUGCUAACUAUUUAAAUAAUGCUUCUCCCCAAGAUUUGCAAAGAUUAGCAAAAAUAAUAAAAAACAUAAUCCCUGCAAUUAAAUAUAUCUACAAAGGAUAUAAAUUAGUUGUCAGAUUUAAAAAACCUUUAUUAAUAUUGAUAGUAGCAUUAAUAAUCAGAUACUUCCUAUUUUGA